GUCAGCCUUGCAGACGACUUUUUGGUCACUUUCCUUCGCUGUCGUCGGAUCUGAGGAAAGUUUGGUCAGGACUCGUAGAAAUCUUACCGUGAUUGCAGAUUUAGUCACUGAGGUUGGACGUUAAGAGGCAUUUACCGUCAAAGGUGUCCGAGGAAAUGUGUGUACUGCAAACGCUACUAGUGUUUGAGCGGCACUCGUGCAUGUGAAAGUUUCAUUGAUAGAAAUAGAGCUAUUUCCUACGAAUCCCCAGGACCCAAGAGUUUUGAGUACCGCUAUGGCGUUAGACGGACCGAAAAGGAACCUACUACAAGUUUCAGGUCUCGCCAUGGAGUUUUCCUUGAGUAAGGAAACCUGACACUGCACACGAAACACGGGAUUCUAACAGGUGGUAUCGCACCGGUGUUUCGUCUCCUGGGUGUAACAUACGACGAUAUUCGUUUGGGAAAUGGCGUCAAUCUGGAGGCUGACUUAAAUACUGGUUGAUUUUAUGGUCCAAAGAUGGCAGCAUGAGUGCACGCAAGGUCGGAUCCUCCCGUUCCCUCUUUGUAUCUCAGGCUCACAACCGCCAGGCGGCGCUCGUUCUCGGUCGACAGAUCAGAGUCCUGGAGAAGAACUUCCAGAGGAGGAUCAGAGAAACCGACAGGGAGAAGCGAAACGUGAACCUGGAGAUGACACAGACAAUGAUGACGACAGGUUACAGUGCGAUGGGUAUUCAGCCUACUCCCCAAGAAGAGCCGGAAAUUGUUGCAUCCCUUCGGCGGGGGAUCAGUCGGAUGGACUUCAGCCUACACAAUCCCCCCGUGCGGUGGGCGCUGGAGAGCCCUCGGUCCCGCCUGGUGGCCAUGAGCAUGGAUUCAUCGGCUAAAGGAUUCAACAGUAUUCUGGGAACGACGCGCCCACUGCGCAUGUUCAGUGCUCCUCCCCGCAUACGAACCUCUCGUUCCUCCAGCCCGACAAGCCCUGCAACGGUAAACGGGCAAGGCUCAAACAAUAGUCUCCCUGCUUUCGCAAACAACAAACUGAGCGAAGAGGAAGAAGACGCGACGGAGAACGACAACAGGAGAAAAUCAACCAAUCAGAAGCAGGUGACCAUCCGCGUCAUCACUGCACCACAGCGGAGACUCAGCGUCAUGACCCUGCGCGGUGGCGGUGCGCCUGCGCAAAGAAAGGAUGCUAUCCCCGGCUCCGCCCCUGUGGCGUUACCAAAAAGGGAGGGUUCACUUAGUGAGCAGAGGGCUCAGCUUAUGCAGAGAAGGCAGUCUCGACCUGAGCAAAGCUUAUUCUCUGACAGUAUCGGACAGAACGGGACCUGGGCGAAGAGAUCUGUUGGUAGAAGGACUGAAAUGAUUUCUCCUAAAAGUGACCUUCCAUUGUGUAGUCCCAGACCAGGGCAGCCCCAGCUGAUGUGUGUAAAAAGUUAGCUACAGAAUAAGCCUGAUCCGAGCGUUUAAACCGCGCUUGCACAGUAUGAUGCAUUGUGGGUAAAAUGUCAAAGAUGAAGGCCCCUAGGUUGUAAACAGUACUUGUUUAGACCAUGCUUGAUAGUUUUCAAGGGCUGUAUCUUUUACAUGUUAUCCUCUAGUGGUGGGUACCUGUACGGUGUACCGGUACAAAACCGGUUUUUCUUAUUGGACCGUUCUAUAAGUAAUUUCUACCAGGUUUUACAGUCAAUAUUCAGCUAGCCUUGUAGGAUUUUGAAACGCCAGUGGGAGUUGAAUACUCCACAAAACAGAUUUCCUUGUUGCGAAAUGGAGCAUCGUCUAGUUCUCACAUGCUGAAUCAGGUCCAGGUUCAGGUCCGGACCUGGAUCUGAUCCUCUGGACCUGAACCGGACCUGGACCAAGAUUUUCUGUACCGGUACUCACCCCUAUUAUCCACCACGCAUUUUGAUGCGCAUACGUAUGCGCAGUUUAAUCUAUGAACAGAUUUAUUUAUUGAAGUUUUCAAACAUAUAUAAUCACCUGCAGUGUCUUCAAUCAUCAUAACCGUACGUACGAUUGUUAAAUAACUUCUCAUCUAGAAAACCUAAAGUGGUGUAGGCAACCUAAGUUAUCAAGCUUUCGAAGAAAGUAGUACUAUGCUUAACACAGACUUCAUUUUAAUGUUUGUUAAAUAUAUAGUCUAAAAGAAAUUUAACUCUUUAUAUAUUUUCAAACUUAUAUCCCACCUACCAAGUAGGCAAUAAAAGGCAUUUUUGUACAUGUAAGUUGUGUAUAUAAGUAUAUAUAAGUACAUAUUAUACGCCUGAUGUAUUUAUCUAUGGACUGCAUGUACUAUGUGUGGAAUAAAAGCCAUAUAUAGCUCUAGACGUCGUUAAAUUUUAUUCAUA